CAGGUCCACGUUCUGGAUGCAAUUUCAAGUAACCUGCAUUAUUCAUUACAAUUUAGGAACCCCCCCUGAGCAUUGGAUUCUUUUCACAUUGAUGACAGAUAAUAACCACCAAACCAAUGUCAAACAACCAAACAGGAAUCCUUGCAAAAGUGAUUAAGGCAGCACUAAACCUGAAAGUCCUUGGGUGCCAUUUACUACAUCCAAAAGAAUACUAUAUUUCCAUGAGGGCUGAGAACCCGGUAAGCAUUAAGUGAACAACAAAAUCACUGCAAUGAAAAAGAGUCCAUGCUAGGCUGCUCUGAAUUUGAUUGGUCCAGAUUUCCCAGCCACAUGUGCAGUGUCAGUCAUUCAUUCCAGGGCAAGCCCUAGAGAAUCACCUCCCAUCAUCCUUACCUGGUCCCUACCUUGUCUAUUAAGCCCCCACGACCGCAUUGUUGUUGGCAGUUCAAUUGCUUCAGCAACCGCAGGCUAGGCCAUAUGCAUGAUAUAGUUCACUACUGGAGUGAUUCACACGGAGGGGGUCACUCACACUAGAUGGAACAGCCAGUGAAUCUUGCAAGGAUAAAUACAGGGGGGCAUGGCAGGUUGACUUCAGUUCGUCAGCAGGAACUGCACGUGUUUACACCCAGCCAGAGAAAUACUGUGGCAAGUUGUGAUACUCUAAACACGCUGCCCAUGUCCUAACUGCAUCAAGUGAAUGAGCAGGUACAUGAGCUAGCGGUUUUUGACUUGAACCUCAAGCCAAUUGAUUUUCCUGACGAGCCUCUUCAUUUUUCGGUCAAGAUGGAUUGCUCAUUGCUAAGUUUGCUUCUUGUUGUCUUCAUGGCAUACCUUCAAACGUCACAGAUUGUAUUAGGAUGUCAAUGUGCUCACAGACAUCCACAACAACACUUCUGUCAAGCCGAAUUUGUUAUUCGCGCCAAGAUCCUCAGCAAGACCUACGAGCCAAUUAGUCCAUCACAGUCCCUUCCCACCACCCCUCAGCCCACGACGAAACCCCCCUGGAGGUUUCCCGCAGUCAGCAAGCUGAGGAUGGCCAAACCUCCCAAGAUGCUCCGCCCCCUAUCAGAGGGGGAGAUGGAGUCCUGGAACACCUGGGCCAUGAGGCUGAGGUACACCGUGCAGGUGGAGAAAGUGUACAAGGGGGAGGAGCGGAUACUAGCCAGGAGCAGGAUUGAGAUCAUCAGCCCAGCUGACAGCGGCAUGUGCGGCGUGACCAUGCUGGACGAGGGCAAGAAAUACUUGCUGACAGGAAACUUUGCCGAGAGAGGUCCGACAAUUCAUCUUUGUGACUGGGUGGCUGAGUCACAUCUCGUGACCAAGAGCCAGCGACAAGGACUGAAGUACAUCUACAAGAAAUACUGUGAUGAGUGCACUAUCAAGCCUGGUGUCAUAUAUUGGCCUCCGGAAGCCAAGGAAAAAGACGUCUGCGCUUACAACCCCUACUUAUUCCAUGAGGAUGACUGUGCAGCCCUGCACUCUGCCUGUGUCCGUAGACCAAGUGGGGUUUGCGAGUGGCAAGUCACCAACAAAAUGAAACGGUGUCAGAAGGGGAGCGACUUGAAAAUGAGGCCAAGAGGAAGACGUGCCAAGAGCAAGAGGGUUGGUACUGUAUGAACCGCCAGAAAAAAAUGUUUUAAAGCUAAUUUUGAACUGCGACAAUCACACAAUUUUGAGUGUUCCUUCAAAUGCUUGUAACUAUCUUGAGAUCAUAGACCUGUUCAGGACCAAAUGAAUUUGGCUUUUGACAACCCUUUUUUGUGGAGCAGAAUUGAGCAGACUGGGUAGACAAAUCUGAAAAGCUUUUCUGUGAAAGAAAAAGAGAGGAAUAUCAAGUCAUGGAUUAGCCUGACAAACCAAUUGAGGGGACUAAAAACGGUUCAAAUAUUACUGGCUAUCACUAAAGUUAAAUGCAUGAAUGCAAAUAUACUGAUAAAAAGAAGAAAAAUAUCUGCCAUUUCCUCCAUUCAGCUUGAAGGUUUCGUCGUAUCAGAAAAAAAUCUACAAAAGUAUUUAAUGUUUAUGAUUUAAACAACCCUGUAAAUUAUUGGAUGCUAAAUUAUAUCUUGCUCUGUAAAUAACCCUCUGUAUAAAUUCUUGGACAAAUGUUUGUGGACAUACUAUUGUAUUUUUUAACUUAAAUCCAAAUGCAUCAUACUGUUCUGAUGAUUACUGUUACCCUGAGUGGCCAAUACCUCAAACUGCUCUUAUCGACAGGUGUCUUGAAAACCCCUAAAUUGUGGGGAGGGGAGCCAUGAAGCUUUCUAAAAUAAGAUACCUCCAAGGACAAGCUGGCCCAGAAAAACUGUCUGACAAUUUUUCCUCUAAAUUGGGAAACUGGAUUUGUGUCAACUCAAGAAAAUGAACAAUUUGAAAAAGCUUAACCUUAUUACUAGGCCCAUGUUUUUUUGGAACGGGUCACCUGGGAUGUGGUGGUUAUUUGACUGCUUGUUCAAAGCUUGGGAAUGAAGGCAUGCUACAUGGCAUACAGUCAUGUUGUACGGACAAAGAUCAACAGCUUAAUCAUCUUGCAACACAGAAUAUGUGUAAUGUGAUGGUUACCCCGGGAGGACUCAACUGUGUGAGUUGGACGCUGCAUGCUGCCACAUCCAUCAAGGGGCAAUGUGGGGCCAUGUCCACAAUUGGCAUUACUGGCUAAGUCUACAGCUGUUCUCCAUAGUGUGCCAUUGGCAAAGAGCAAAGCUGUAAGCCACAAAACACCUACAUUUGGAUGUGGUCUGUUGCCUGCCAUCAGUUGACAGGGACAGUAUUACAGCAGCAGCCAAAAGUGAACGUUAAAUGAUGUAAAGAUUACAACACUGCUGUAGCUUAAGCAUGCAGCUCUGACCCAACCCAAAACUUACGAGUGACCUCACCUACACUGUAUGCCCCACCCAUCCUCUUCCAGGUUACAUGCUGGCAGACUUUGCCCGUAUUCUUUUGAAUAUCAUUUUAUAUUGGGAAAUGGAAACAACUGUAGCAAUCACCCAUUUACAAACACCUUAAAGGGUCCAUGCGGACCUCCCUGAAUGAAUAGCCAUUUUCUUCUUUAUGUUGUGCCUGGAUAUGUCAGUAACAGUACAAAUGGUGAAAAAAAUUAAUAAAAUGUAUUUAAUUAUCGUUAAUUGUGAGAGACAGUGAAAAAAGUAGGCAGGUUUAUAUUUUUUCUGUCCGUUUCACUGAGUCUUGACAUAUCUACAGGUUCAACCUGUCGAAAUUAUAUCCAUUGUUACUGAUGUCAUCACUCCCUGACUUUUUUUUAUUUGUGUGAACCAAACCAAUGUACAAAAGAAUCUGUGUUUAAUAAAGUAAUUAAACAUGAUUUCAAGCGAGGUACUCUUGACAAUACAAACAUAUCUUCCCUUGUCUAAUUUUAACAGGGAUUUCAUCUUUUUCUGAGUGUAUUUUGACGGGUAUUGGAUACAAACAGGUAUCAGCGUAUAUUAUGUAAAUAGAUGUUAAAAGAGCAUGUGUGUAUGGUGCUAUAUAUCAUAUUGCUUCUUUGAGAAGCACAUGUAAUAUCUGUAAAGAAAGGUAUUCAUUCUUUUCUAUUUUUACUAAUAAUUCAUUAUCUUUAUUCUUCUGACUUCGAUGUAUAAAAACUGAAAUAGAUCAGCUUACAUGCAAGUGUGGAUACACGGUGUAUGUGUAUAAAAAAUCUUUUCUGCUUGAAAUUGAAAAAUUUGUUCGAACUUACUAUGAAUGGCAAGAUGAUUUAUGUAUUUCUUUUUCAAAGACGAAGCAAUAUCUGGUCACAGAUCAAUGAAUCAUUUCUCUUAUCUGCCCUCCAUAAAAUCUGUAACAAGGGAAGAAUUUCCGCCAGUUAUUACUCCUGAUUUCAUCUUUCUUGUCACUCCUUCCAACUCCCAACUGUGAAUUGGACACAAAUUCAUUGCGACAAGAAUUACAGAUGUACCACAUGAAAGAUCACUAAAUGUAGUUAUAGUUGCAUGCUCACUGUGAAGUUUUCCUUCACAAAAACUGGGAAAGGGGUUACUAUUUGCAUAAAAAGAGAAACUAUAAAGGUCACUACGACUGCCCUAGCUGAUACAAAGUCAUCACUCCAUUCUGGGUUGGUGACUUGGGGCAAGAUUAUGAAUUUCCUGCACGGACAUUGGUUAAUUACAGACUCCUGCUACCCGGCCACUAAGGCAGGGUCCUUCUCACGGAAUCCCCAUUGACCAAAAAAAAAAAAAAAACUGGCCAUGCUUAUCCCACUUUUUUCUUUGUUGACCUGUCCUUUAAAAGCUAAUAAGGAUGCAAAUUAGAGUAGUAACAGGACAUUGACACUGACGAGAAUGGAAAUAAAAUUACACUGUACGGAACUUUGCAAAUUAUGAAAGUGUUUUAAUUUGCUGAUGGCUACUUUCCCGGUAGUUUUACUGACAUUUCCUGUAAAUUGACAUGUAAUUGGCAGAAAGUGCAGUCAACUUUUUACAGGUGUUCUGGACUAACACACACAAAUAAACAUACUCAUAUUGCAGACAUCAAACA